GCGAGCAGCUCCAGCGGAGAGAGAAAGGUGUCACCCUCCCGAAAUCUCUCACUUUUUAUACACAGAAUUUUUUCUCUCCGCAUAUCAUAGAAAUUCCUCUUCAAGAAACUGCAGAUUCUUCCACCCCCUAGUUAAUAAUUUUCAAAUAACCCGCCAAAUAGUUAUUAAAUUUUAUUCAAGAAGCAGUUUGGCGACUAGAAUGAGUGAGCUCCGUAGGGUGUAGCGCUAUUCCCUAGUUUGUCAAAAAGGAGGUGAAUUAUUGUGUAGUCAAGACUUGUUUCGUUAGAAGGAUCAUCAAAAGAAGACGAUGAAUGAACCACCGUCAGAAUGCAACAUCAAGGUGGUCUGCAGGUUCCGACCCCUCAGUUCGUCGGAGGAGAAGGCUGGCAGUAAAUUCAUAGCGAAAUUUCCGCCGAGCGAAGAUUGCGUGAACGUAGGGGGCAAAGUGUACAUAUAUGAUAAAGUAUUCAAGCCCAAUGCAACACAGGAAAAGGUUUAUAAUGAAGCUGCGCAACAGAUCGUCAAAGAUGUGCUCAUGGGCUAUAACGGAACUAUUUUCGCAUACGGACAAACAUCAAGUGGCAAAACACAUACGAUGGAAGGUAUCUUAGGAGAUCACAUUCAGCAAGGUAUUAUUCCUCGAAUUGUGAACGAUAUAUUUAACCAUAUUUAUUCAAUGGACGAAAAUAUUGAGUUCCACAUAAAGAUCUCCUAUUUUGAAAUAUAUCUAGACAAAAUCAGGGAUUUGCUUGAUGUGUCAAAGACAAAUCUUUCUGUACAUGAAGAUAAAAACAGAGUUCCUUUCGUCAAGGGUGCAACAGAGAGAUUUGUUACAAGUCCAGAAGAAGUCAUGGAAGUAAUUGAUGAAGGAAAAUCCAACAGGCACAUUGCAGUAACAAAUAUGAAUGAACACAGUUCUAGAAGUCACAGUGUAUUUUUAAUCAAUGUGAAACAGGAAAAUUUGGAAAAUCAAAAGAAACUAAGCGGGAAGCUAUAUUUGGUAGAUUUAGCUGGUAGUGAGAAGGUUAGCAAAACAGGAGCAGAAGGUAUGGUUUUAGAUGAAGCAAAAAACAUUAAUAAAUCUCUUUCAGCCUUGGGUAAUGUAAUAUCUGCAUUAGCUGAUGGAAAUAAAUCACAUAUACCUUAUCGAGACAGUAAACUAACGAGGAUUUUGCAAGAAUCUCUUGGAGGCAAUUCACGUACUACCAUCAUCAUUUGUUGCUCCCCUGCUUCAUUCAAUGAAUGUGAAACCAAAUCCACACUUGAUUUUGGCCGAAGAGCAAAGACAAUUAAGAAUACUGUUGUUGUCAAUGAAGAGUUAACAGCAGAAGAAUGGAAGAGAAGGUAUGAGAAAGAAAGAGAGAAAGCCUUGCGUACAAAAGCUCAGCUGACUCGUGCCGAGUAUGAAUUAAGUAGAUGGAGAAAUGGAGAACAUGUACCUCAUGAAGAGCAGCUCUUAAUGAAAGACAUAAUGGAGAACAGCACAACUAGCCUUACAGACAACAUUCCCGUGUCUAAUAUUAUUCCAACAAAUACUCAAGUUUCUGCAGAGCCUUUGAGCAAUGCUGAACGUGUGAAAUUUGAAGAGGAAAGAAGCCGUUUAUAUGCUCAGCUGGAUGAGAAAGAUGAUGAGAUUGAUCGCCAGAGUCAACUGAUUGAGAAGCUGAAAGAACAAAUGCUAGAGCAGGAAGAGUUGAUAACAUCAACUCGAAAAGAUUAUGAAGCUCUACAACAAGAAAUGAACAGGAUUCAACAAGAGAAUGAAUCUGCUAAAGAGGAAGUGAAAGAAGUUUUGCAGGCUUUGGAAGAAUUAGCUGUAAAUUAUGACCAAAAAUCACAGGAAGUUGAAACCAAGAACAGAGAAUUUGAAACCUUAAAUGAGGAACUCAGUCAAAAAUUGUCUCAACUGAACACAGCUCAGAAUGAACUGCAACAAAUGAAAGAUCAAACUCUUCAUCAACGCAAGAGAGUAACAGAGAUGCUUACAAGCCUACUGAAGGAUCUUGGAGAAGUUGGCCAUGUACUUGGGAAUAACUCAGUAGAAACUAAAUUUUCAGCUGAAGUGUCUGGAAAAAUAGAAGAAGAAUUUACUGUAGCUAGACUUUUUAUUAGUAAAAUGAAAUCUGAAGUUAAAGCACUCACUACACGGUGUCAUCAACUUGAAGCCUUUCAGGCGGAUUGCAAUAAAAAGAUUGAAAUAAAUGAAAAAGAGCUUGCUGAAGGUCGACUAUUGAUAAGUCAGUAUGAAGCAAAGAUGAGAACCUUGCAAGAGACUAUGAAGGAUGUUGAUGCCAAAAAACGAGCUCUUGAAGAAUCAGUUGAUGCUCUCAAUGAAGAAUGUGCUAAAUUGAAAGCAGCUGAGGAAAUGCAUAUAAUAACUUCAAAAGAAAAAGAAAAGCUGAAAGACUCUGCUGAAAAAAUGAAAGAAGCUUUGGAACAACAAAUUGAAAAACACAGAGAAGCACAUCAGAAGCAACUGUCUACAUUGCGUGAUGAAAUAGCUGAGAAGGAAAAUCAAAUCAAUAAACUAAGAGAUGUUAAUCAGAAGCUUACAUUAGCUCAGGAACGACUCCAACAGGAAUAUGAUAAACUAAAGAGUGAGGAACUGGAGAAGAGUGCAAAAUUGCAAGAGUUGAUGUUUAUGAAUGAAAAGAGAGAACAGGCUCGUCAGGAUCUCAAAGGUCUUGAAGAAACUGUUUUGAAAGAAUUGCAAACUUUGCACAACUUGCGCAAACUGUUCGUUCAGGAUCUACAAAGCAGGGUGAAGAAAUCUGCAAUGGGAGAAGAAAAUGAGGAAGCCAAUGGUACUCCUGCACAGAAACAAAAGAUUGCAUUCCUUGAAAAUAAUUUGGAUCAACUUACUAAAGUUCACAAACAACUCGUGAGAGAUAAUGCUGAUCUUCGUUGUGAGUUGCCAAAAUUAGAGAAAAGAUUACGUGCAACUAUGGAUAGGGUGAAAUCUUUGGAGACAGCUCUAAAAGAAGCCAAAGAAAGUGCAAUGCGCGACAGGAAAAGGUAUCAGUAUGAGGUAGAUCGUAUUAAAGAAGCUGUUCGCCAAAAGAAUAUAACUAGAAGGGGUCAUAUGGCUCAAAUUGCUAAGCCAAUUCGUGCUGGUCAGCCUCAUCUUGUGGGUGCUGGUUUUAGAACUGGAAUCAUUCCUAUGUUAAAUAUAUCUUUCAGGGCAAACUUAGGAAGAAAUGACAAUAGGCGGGUUAUCUCAGAGAAAAUAAUCAAUGAAAUUGAAAUCACACCUAUAAAGACUUUUGAGAAGAUCUCAAAUGAGAACAAUUUCACUGAAAAACCUGAGGAAAUUAAUGUAAGUUAAUGCAGAGAGAGCUUGUGAUAUCUUAAAGAACUGUUUGUCCUCUCUGUUAUCUGUUAGAACACUUUUAGCAACCCAAUGUCCUGCAAUUGUUUUUUGACCUAUCACCUGCUUUGGAGCUACAGAAUCGCACUGGAUCAUUUCAUUUGGCUUCAGAGGCGAUAUUUUGUUUCAACUAUGUUGCUUAUGUAUCUAGCAGUGAAUUGAACUUCAUAGAAUUCAUUUGACUCGGUGUGCAAUUUAUGUUAAACAUUUAAUUUAAUUUAUUUUUUUGUCUUCAUUUGUUUCACAGAUAAGUUAAUGAAGAAAUAUUAAAUUAUUAACAAUAGUUAAUGUUCUUUUAUCAUUUGGAGGAAAAAUAUCUCAAUUCCUUUGUAAAAUUUUAUUUAUCUUCAAAAAAUUUGAUAAAUCCAAAAUAUUGCUAAUAAAACUUCAUAUAUUCCAUGCAAACAAAAGAUUCUCAUUAGAUAUUUUGCUGGUACUUCACACCGUAAAUCUUUAUAAUACAUAGAGAAAUUUCUUUUUUCACUUUUAAAUUAUAUUAUUUUCUUUUUUCUUGGGUUAUUAGUUUCUUUCAUUUAUUUACUAACUUUUACAAUUAUUCCUUCAUCUUGUGUGAUAGACUGUUCCUCGAAUUAAGAUUUUGGAAAAUGUUCACUUUUAGUUUAUUUUCAAUCCAAAUAUUUUUUAAAAAAAUUUUAUUUGAAAAAAAAAUUGUGUUAGUUUUAUUUAAAGAUAAGUUUUGUGCAAACUAUUUCUUUCAUUUUCCUUCUGUUUAAAAAAAUUGUGUGGAAAUAUGUGAUCAGCUGCUAUUGUACAUCAAAAAUAUCUGUUAUGCAGAUUGUGUACAAUAUGCAAAGCUGUCUUUGUCGAAACGCAAGGGAAAAUAUUUUAUUAUAACUUUGGCAUUUGUGCUAUUUAUAUAAAACUUUAAAAUUUGUUUGAUUAAAUAAAUAAAGAGACUAUUUUCGUCUCAUAUUUAUUCAGGUGCUUCUUUUUGUUUGAAUGUGCAAUUUAGUCAGAUCUCAUCUACGGCAUAUGUAAUUAUGUAAAUAAGUGUACUUAUUCGAUUUGCUAAUAUAUUUAUUUUGAUGCACAGAUUUAUUUAUUUUGUAUUACAUGAAUGUGUUAUGUAUUUAUUUUCAAAAUACAAAGUGUCUUAUAAAUUAUUUCAAUCAUAUGAAUGAUCCUCUUCCUUUGGUACAAUUCCCGAAUACCAUCGCAUGAUAAAAUAAUAUGAAGCUAAUAAUGUUUAGGUUUUAGAAGGGUGGGGUCCCCAAUAUAUAUUGCAGCAUUAGAAUUUUUUAAAUUAAUAUUAAAUAUUAUUUAACUCAUUUUAAGUUGAAAUCUAAAAUGAUUUUAGAUUAUUAUUCUUUUUUUUAAUGCUUUGAUUGAUUUUAAUUUCUUUACAUGCUUUUUUUAGCAUAUAUUUUUAAAUAAUAUAAUAUUAUAUGUAAUAGCUCUGGGGUAUUGCUAUGUACAUAAAUAAUUUUUUAGUUUUUAAUGCAUAUUAAAUAUUUUAAUUCGAUUUUUAAAUUAUUUUCAUAAGCCACAAUUAAAAUCCAAUUGAUUUUUGAAAGUAAUUUAAGUGGUAUUUUGCAUUCUCUAACUAUACAUUUUAAUCAUCAGUCAUGUAGAGUUCUCCAAGUACUUAUAUUGUUAUUUAUUGAAUAAAAUAUAAAUAAGUUAAGUUAUAUUGAUAGAAAAAUUGUUUCUUGUGAUUACUGGGACCACAGAUAGAUAAAAGUGUGAUUCUUGAGUUGCUGCACAUGUUUAUUUCAUUUCCUGUCUUUUAUAUUAUGUUUCUUCACUUUCUGAGAAUAAAUGCAAAGUAUAUAUGACUAAUACUAACCAAUGUUUUGCUUGUAUGAAGUACUGGCUUAAUGAACAUUUAGCUGCUGGCUUGUAGAAGUUGAAUCUGAUGUAAAUAUGUUUCUGCAAAUAUAUGUCAUCCUCUAAUUUUUGUAACUGUCUUCAAAAAUCUCUCUUGAUUGCAACAGAAGGAAGUGUUAUUUAAUGUUAUGUUUUUGCACUGUGUUCUGUAACAAAGAGUCUAUUUCAAACUAUGUAACUGCAGUGAUUGCUUUGUGAGAACUCGUGUGCAAAAUGAUAUGUGGCUUCGUAAUAAAGUCAUGUCUAUUA